ACACUGGUUUACAUUUUAGCCGAAAUUCAACAUCCAAGAAGCCACGAAUCGGCUGUAUCUCCAUAACUGGAUGCAUGGUUUUAAUGUGACAGCUAUAAUCUACUUAAUUUAAUAUUGGGAUUAUGGGUGUGCAUUCCUUCCUGGGUUUUUCAGAUUGAUUUGCAGUAUUUGUUGAGUCGCUGAUGGUCCAAACACAUGAUGAACCACAUCAUCUCCAGCUAUCCUGCAGUAUUCAAUCCCUCCCACAUAGGGCGGUUAUGCUUUCUCCGGUAUAAUAAAGCUACAUAUUUUAUUGCGCCGCCUUAGCCAUAGCUAAUCAUAAUUUGAUAAAAUACACACCGUCUAAACAUAGAAUAGCCAUAUUAUCCAUGGCGAUGUAUUCAGCUGCUAGCUAACAGGUACAUAGAGAGAAAAAGUGUUUAUUUCAGUCAACAAAGGCCGCCCUGAUACGAGGUGAAAUGAGUUCAGUGCUCCGUUGUGCGGUCGGUGGCGCUGGUUUGUGUCUUGUGUUUGUCGCUAGAUGGCAGAAGAAGUCCAUUUUUCUAGGGGAUUAACGGGCUCGUAGGCUAUCGUGCUGCAGGCUGAUUAUUUUUGUAAUAUAACAUCAAGUAUAAACCAUGAGAUGGCAUUAAAAGGCAAAGCGGUCGACUCGAAGACCGUGCUCUUCAAUCUGCUGCUAUGCCUGGUCAUAUUUUACUCUCUUUUCUACAUGAUUGGGAGUGUGUGCUUCGGUGCCUUCAGGUGAGAAUCUCCCACACGCAUGCGCACAGUCACACACGCAAGCGAACCAGCCCUCGAAAGCAUCAUUAUCAACCUCUCCUGUUGGAUCACUUUGACGGAUUAAUUCCAUUUGACUUUAAGACCGAACCUGCUGAAUCUAACUCCAAAUACUUGGUGAACCUCCUGUCCUUGGAGCUCACCUACUUUUGCAGCGGCCUUUUGUUUGCUGCAGUGGUGAGGAGACGGGUGUGGGACUACGCCCUCACCAUCACAAUUCUGCAUGUAAUGAUCACCAGCCUAGUGAUGUUGGAGUUUCCCACGGUUUGGCAGUGGUGGCUGGCUUUAGGUAGCGGCUUGUUUCUGAUGAUCUGCAACGGUCAGCUGAUAGCUUACUUCACCUGCCAGAGUGACCAGAGCUACGCAUCCUUCAGCUUCUACUGACAGACAGGAAGCUGCUCUGCGUAUGAACUGUUUCAUAAACAGUCUUGUGAAGUGAGGUAGAAAGGAUCAGACCAGAUUCUCUCAGUAUGGAGACACCCGUUAGAUUCUCCACAGUGAUGGGCUUUUUGUGUUUGUCACAAAAAAACCUCACCAUCAUACAUCAUACAUAAUGUCAGAGCUGGGUCCAAUUUGUGUUUAACAGUUGCCAACAGACUUGGCAUCCUAUUGUUUUUUUUGUAAAUGCCACAAGAAGAUGUUCUGUAUUUUGCUUGUGAUGCACAAUGCCUCUGUUACUAUACAGGGUUUUAAGGCACCCUGUAAAGUAAUUUCAGUAACUUUUGUAAGCUGUGAAUGUAAUAGCAGAACGGGAAAGUUGCAAUACAUGUUUGUUGUCUAUUUCAAAGAGAUUAAUGUAAAGUGUUAAAAAAUAAAGCUUCAGAUUCUGCAUA